AUGGUUUUUUUGUUUCUUUUUGUGAUCAAGUUCCAGAUGGCUCAGCAGUGCCUCCAAAAUGAAUAUUUUGACAGAUUGCUGAAUGCUUGCAAAUCGUGUCACCUUCGGUGUUCUAAUACCCCUCCUCUCAUAUGUCAGCGUUACUGCAAUACAAUGAAAGGAACAAAUACCAUUCUCUGGACCUGUUUGGGCCUGAGCUUCCUGGUGUCUUUGACAAUUUUCGUGCUGAUGAUCUUGCUAAGGAAGAUGAGCUCUGAACCUUCAAAGGACGAAUUUAGAAGCACAGGAUCACCUCUUCGGCACGAGGCGAAUGCUGACCUGGAUGGUAGAGAAGAUAGCAGGACCGGUGAGGAAAUUCUUUCCAGAAGCCUGGAGUACACAGUAGAAGACUGUACCUGUGAAGACUGUGUCAAGAGCCAACCAAAGGUCGAUUCUGACCAUUUCUUUCCGCUCCCAGCAAUGGAGGAAGGCGCAACCAUCCUUGUCACCACAAAAACCAACGACUACUGCAGUGGCCUGCUAGCUGUUGAGAGUCUCACAAGGAUGGAAAAAUCCAUUUCCACCAGAUAA